AUGGCCCGCAAGCUGAAAGUCGCUGUCAGUGGCCUCGGCCGUAUGGGCGCUCGUCAUGCCGUCAACUACCUUGAGAAGACUCCCCGAGCCGAAUUGGUCGCAGUCUGCGAUCCUGAUCCAAAAGCUAUUGCUUGGGCAAAAUCAGCUCUCGAGCCAGCCGGCGUGAAGAUUUACUCCGACUUCGAUGAGAUGCUUGCACACCCCGGAAUCGAGGCUGUUAUCGUAUCUGGUAUCACCACCGAGCACGCACCACAAUCCAUCCGCGCCAUCGAGGCAGGCAAGCACGUCCUGUGUGAGAAGCCACUUUCUACAGAUCUCGAGAUCAGCCAAGGCGUGCUCGAUGUUGCAAAGAAGUACCCUCACCUCAAAGUCAUGACCGGUUUCUCUCGCCGGUUCGACCAGAGCUACCGCAACGCGUGGAAGAAGGCAGAUUCGGGAGACAUUGGCCGCCCUGUCGUCUUCCGCUCCCAGACAUGCGACAAGUACCGUGACGAUGAUUAUUUCAUUGGGUACUCGAAGGUGUCAGGAUCCAUCUUCGUUGACGCCUCCGUACACGACAUCGAUCUCGCACUGUGGUUCUUUGGCCAAGACAGCGUUGUAAAGAGUGUUUCUGCAGUUGGUACUUGUGCACGUUACCAAGGUCUGAAGCAGUACGGGGAUGUUGACAACGGCGUGGGCAUCGUUGAGUUCUGGGGAGGAAAGAUCGCAUACUUCUACGCUUGCCGUAUGAUGGCAGUCGGUCAACACGACAUGACAGAAGUCAUUGGCACACAUGGGAAGUUGACGGUCAAUGCCAACCCAGUGCACGACCUGGUAGAGCACCACGAGGCUACUGGAAUCCGCAAAGAGAUUGGACAAACAUACUGGGACCGUUUCGAGCCCGCAUUCAUUCGCGAGAGCAACGAGUUCACGGAGGCGGUGCUCGACGACAAGCCCCUGCCAUUCAAGCUCACAGGCGCUGUGCAAGCACUCCGAAUUGGAAGCUACCUGCAGGAGGCGCUACGGACAGGAGAGAAACUGCACUUUGACGAGACUGGCGAGAGGGUCACAAGGCCGGCAGCGAGGCUGUAA